GCAUCUCGACGAAAUCAGCGCUGAUACACAAACACCUGACAGUCUCAGAGACACACAGACGAAGGACAGGAUUAUUGAGAAGAUGGCAGUUCCUGUGAAAAUUAUGUGUAUCCUGAUGCUGCUACUGCACAAGAGUAGUGAUCCAGAAGUGUUUAAUGAUGGGAAAACACUCAAUCUCCCUGAAAAUUAUGCAGUUGGCUGGAUGGAAACUCUGGAUGAUGAAAAGUUAAUUUCUACCAUCACCAUUCCUGGUACCCAUGAAUCCUUGUCUCUUUAUGGAGGACCACCAGCAGAAUGUCAGGCAUGGUCACUAGAGAACCAGUUAAUGGCCGGGAUACGAUACUUCGACUUGAGAGUGUCUGGGGAAAACCUGAAAAUUAAGCAUGGAUGGAUUGACCAAAAAACAACUUUCCCUGAUGCUCUCGAAACAAUUCGAAAAUUUUUGUCUAAAUAUAAAACUGAGACCGUGUUGGUCAGAGUGAAGCCUGUUGACCCUGAGUUAAGCAAAGUUCCCAGUUUAGUUGAAAACAAGAUCAGAAAUGCUAAAGAUAUCUGGGUUAAGAAGUCAGUUCCAAGGAUUGGUGAAGUAAGAGGAAAGAUUGUUUUUGUUCAGAAAAACACCUUUAAGCUAGGCAUUCUUUUGUUUGAAACUGACAAAAAAGGAGACUAUAAAGUAACUAAAGUUAAAGUCAAAGAGGAAAAGAUUAAAAAGCAUCUGGAAGAAGCUGCCAAUCAGUGUAGAACAGGUUCUGCUCUGAGUCUGAGCUACUCGAGUGGCACAAGCUUAAAUACAGUUUGGUGGUUUCGUUUUUGGCCAAAAAAGUUGGCAAAGCAAAUCAAUCCUUGGUUGUAUGAUCAUCUUGAAAAGGAAUUUAAAAAGAAUCCCAAGCCUUGUUUUGGGAUCAUAGCUAUGGACUUUCCAGGUUUUGACUUGAUUCAAAUGGUCAUCAAAUUCAAUGGGCUUACCUAAGAUUUUUCACAUGGUUUCAUCAAGAAAAUAAUGUUCUUGUUGCUUUCAUCAGAUAAUAAUAUGCCUAAUUCUUUGUUGUCUUAUGGUUUUGGAAUAACAUUAGCGUGAGUAAAUUAUGACAAAAUUUAGUUUCUGGGUGAACUCAAAAGAAAGAAAGAAAGAAAGAAAGAAAGAAAGAAAGAAAGGCAUGGGCAAAACAUACGGCUCAACAACUACCAGAAGUUUUGAUUUUGAUUAAUUUGUUAUUACUUUUUAUUUGCUAAAUGUUUUAUUCUUAUUUUUUCUUCACAAAAAAAAAAAAAAAAAAAAAAAACGCAACAAGCUUGUACAGCUAUAAUGUCCAAAAACGUAUAAACACACAUUUGAUGGAAAAUUACUGAUUGGUGUGUCAUUUUAACACAUUCUUAACUGUCUGAUGUGAUGAUCAUAUAUUUCUGAACUAAAUAAAGCAUUGCAAUCCCUGUCUCAUCAGCUUCUUGUUGAAGUGACAAAGUCAACAUGAAAUCAUAAUGAAUUACUUUUAAAAUACAUGCUCUUGGUAUUAGCUUCCUUCACUUUAUCUAUUAAAACAAGAACGAAAGCUGCACGAUAUGAAAUAUUUGGUGUUGUUUGCUGCAUAUAUUAAUAAAUCUUACACAAAACAAAACACACAAAUAAUCCACACUAAAAGCAACGUAAUUUCUAAUAAAUAGAAAACAGGGUAUGCUCCAAAUACAUGAAAACAACUUCUUAACACGUUCAUAGAUAAUUUAAAAAUGACUACAUUGCAGAUUAAGUUAUUUUAACCGCUUGGAAACGAUAUACAGUAUGAACCCACAGUCUCGCUCUACGCACGUCCCGUAAUAGCAAUAAACAGCAGA